UGACGUAUUUCCGUUUCCGCCUGUCCUGGUCGCGUUUGGUUGGACCGGCUUGUUGUGGGGAGGGCGGGGGCAGAUUGUUUGGUACCUGGGAGCUCCGUGCACGGAGGGUAAGUGGAGCUCCUCGGUGACGCUAAUCCUACGCCUCUGCCCGCGCCCGGCCUUGUCUCCACAGCAUCCAGCCUGGAGGCGCGCCUGCCUCGGCCUCCCGAAUGGUGCACCUCUGCGUAGGCCUUGGCCCAGCAUCCAGGCCCCCUCUGCCCCCUGCCUUGGGGCUGUGGCCCCGGCGACUCCUGGUGGACUCCCUGUGGUGCGGAGGGAAGAGAAUCUGCACAGAACCCUUCGCUCCAGGAAUCCCCAACAGCUGGACUCUCAGCCUCUAACCUCGAGUGACCUUCCUGUCCGCCUUUUAGGCCGAGAAGCCUCUCCUUGCUGUCCAAAGCCCAGGAAGCUCCAAGCUGGGGCCCUGGACCCAGCAUGUCGGUCCUGUCUUGUGCCUAGGGCUCUGCCCUCUCCGGGCUGAUGGCAGAGUUCAGGCACGUCCCAGGGGGACGGGAGACCCCGCAGGGGGAGCUGCGGCCAGAGGUGGUGGAGGAUGAAGUCCCCAGGAGCCCAGGGCCAGAGGAGCCUGGCGACAGUGGCAGCAGCAGCACUGAGUCCAAGUUGUUACCAAGAGAGGAGGAAGAACUGGACCCUAGAAUACAGGAAGAACUGGAGCACCUGAACCAGGCCAGCGAGGAGAUCAACCAGGUGGAGCUGCAGCUCGAUGAGGCCAGGACCACCUACCGGAGGAUCCUGCAGGAGUCGGCCCGGAAGCUCAACACGCAGGGCUCCCACCUGGGCAGCUGCAUCGAGAAGGCCCGGCCCUACUACGAGGCGCGGCGGCUGGCCAAGGAGGCGCAGCAGGAGACGCAGAAGGCGGCGCUGCGCUACGAGCGGGCGGUGAGCAUGCACAACGCCGCGCGGGAGAUGGUCUUCGUGGCCGAGCAGGGCGUCAUGGCCGACAAGAACCGCCUGGACCCCACGUGGCAGGAGAUGCUCAACCACGCCACCUGCAAGGUGAACGAGGCGGAGGAGGAGCGGCUGCGCGGCGAGCGGGAGCACCAGCGGGUGACGCGGCUGUGCCAGCAGGCGGAGGCCCGGGUCCAGGCCCUGCAGAAGACGCUGCGCAGGGCCAUCGGGAAGAGCCGGCCCUACUUCGAGCUCAAGGCCCAGUUCAGCCAGAUCCUGGAGGAGCACAAGGCCAAGGUGACAGAGCUGGAGCAGCAGGUGGCCCAGGCCAAGACCCGCUACUCGGUGGCCCUGCGCAACCUGGAGCAGAUCAGCGAGCAGAUCCACGCGCGGCGCCGCGGCCUGCCCCACCCACGGGGCCCCCGACGCUCCUCCCCGGUGGGCGCGGAGGCGGGGCCACAGGGGCUGGGGGAGGCAGACAGCGGGACCGAGGGUGGCUCGGAGGAGCUGGGCCUGGGCCCCGGGCCGGGUCCCGACACGGACACGCUGAGCCUGCUAAGCCUGCGCACGGUGGCCUCCGACCUGCAGAAAUGCGACUCCGUGGAGCACCUGCGGGGCCUCUCGGACCACGCCAGCCUGGACGGCCAGGAGCUGGGGCCCCGGCCCGGGGGCCGCCGGGACAGUGACAGCGGGGCCCGCGGGGGGCGCCACCAGCGCAGCAUCAGCCUGUAGCCCUCGGCCGAGGCUGCAGUGUCCUCCAGGGCUGCUCCGCGCCUCGGCUGUGUCCUGAGGCAGGCGCCGCACUGCCCAGGGAGAGGUGUGUGGCCUGCCCUCCCCCGGCCUCAGGGCCUCCACCAACCACCGGCCUGGCUGCGCCUGUGCUGCCACCCCAGCUUCCUCUGCUGCUCUCCUUCCGUCCCACUGCCCCUGGGGCCCUGGUCUGGGAGACACAGGAGGCUCCACGGAGGAAGUGGACCCAGCCUGCGGGUGGACAGGUGGCCGUGGGUGCGGGGCCCUGGGCCUCCUGGCUGGUGGCCGCGUGUGACCUGCAGGAUGGAUCGCCUGCCCUGAAGGGAGGGAGCCGAGGACGCAGUGCCGGGGCGGGUGAGGGGCUCUCCUACUCCGCCCUGGCCCUGUGAGGUGGUCCGGGCCCAGCUGUCCUGUACUUAAACUGCCACGGUGCUAGCUAGCGGAGGGGUGGCACCUCCGGCAGUGGCCUUGGGAGCCUGGUGCUCGGCACUCCCUGGAGCGAGUGGCGCCCUGCCCUACGGGGGUCCCAGGGCCGAAAGCUCGUCCCUGCCCCCUGCCGGAUGUGGGGGGCGUGGCCAGUGAGGGUCCCCGCCUUCUCCAGGGCCGAGGUGCUGGUCAGGAGGCUGUACUGGGCGGGCCGGGCGGUGCUUGCGCUUUGGGAGAGGUGCUUCUCCCUCCCAGGAUGGGCCCACGUCCGACAGGGUCGCGCCUGGUUUCGGGGCGAGGGGUGGUCACAAUGAGAACCUCGGGUUUGAGGUGGCCGAGGGGGGAGAGGGGGCAGGGACUCGGCGUGCGUGGGAAACGGUCUCCCCAGUUUAUUUAAAUAAAUAGUUUAUGUAAGA